CGCGAAUUGCAAUCAUCAUAUGUGAUGUUACUCGUGAUGAAAUAAUACCUCAAUAGUCAUUGCUCGGUUGUGAUAUAGUAAACAUAGAGCAAAACAAGUGACUCAUCGCCUGGUUUCAUGAACUGAAGUGUAAAUUACUCCUUUGAAAAGAACGAAUUUCAUAAUAUGGACAGUAUUCGACAUCAUUUCACACAGGUCAUGUCAAUGAUCACCAACCAAACCACACUGGAGGAAAAUUUGCCGGCUGAAUAUUUGGAACAUGAAUUAAUGGCAUUUUCGGAUGAAAUUUUGUUGGAAAUUUUUUCCAAUUUCAACGAAAUUGAUUUGUUGAAUACGGCUCAAGUUUGUAGGCGUUUCAAAGCAAUCGCAAAAGAAAUUUUUGCAAAAAAGUACAAUGGUGACAGCGAUGACAAAUACUAUGAAAUCUCUGUGUAUGGCGAUGACAGUAAAUACGAUCAAAAACAUUAUCGAAUGUUUUUGAAAAUAUUUGGCAGUGAAAUAGCCGCAAUAAAUUUAACAAUGGAGCGUCGACCCAACAAACACAAUCUAUUGAAUUUGAUAAGUAAACAGUGUCGCUUCUUAAAACAUGUCAUCAUUUUCAAUAAUUGUUAUGAAUUCAAUAUCACCAAAUCAUUAAAAUCGAUGCCAUAUUUAACGUCGCUCACACUAAAAAGUGUAAUUCUGAUGAACUUCUACUGGGCCGACUAUCAUUAUCCACAUCUAACGCGAUUUAAGGCAGACGACAUCGUAAAUAUGGAUGUAGAAGUAUUGAAACGAUUUUUGUAUAUAAAUCCACAAAUAAAACAUUUACAUGUGAUAAAGUGCCGAAAAUUCCCAUUGGCCGUGAUUCAAGCGCUGAGAGACAGACUAAAAGGAUUGACAACGCUCGAAUAUGUUGCCGACAAAAAUGAAUUUUCACGCAAUUGUCGUGACAUAAAUAUGAUACAAUUGAAAGAAUUGAAAAUCACAGUAGACGGUUCAUCAUUUCGAAAUGUAAUUGGAGCCAUUGCACGUGGAAGUCACGUCGUUCAACGACUGGACGUGUCGCUGAUAAAUGAUGAUGAUGUAAAUAUCGAUGCCAUUCAUGAUCAUGUUGAAAAAAUUAUUCCACUAUUUAAGCAUUUGACGUCAUUACGUUUGGAAGGCUUUGAUUUGGGACGCGAUACAAUUCGAUUUCUUAUUCAUUAUGUGCCAAAUUUGGUCUGUUUGAAAUUGGAUGGUGUUGUACUUUAUGAAUUCACCGCAGAGAGAAUAUUAUUAAUAUUCAGACGAUGUGAACAUUUAAAAGAGCUAGAGCUUGAGAGUCGUGAGCAUCGCGUCGAUGUGGACUAUUUCAAUUUGGAAUUUCAUCGUGAAUUUGCCGAAAUCGUUCGCAACAGAGGCGAUGGGGUAAAGUUUAAGCUCAUUCAACCUGACACCAAAGUAGAAAUGACUCCUCAUAAAAUUGUGAAAAAUGACGUAUUGAUGUAUUGGACUGAAUGUGCAGUGUCAAAAAAUCAUUCGACAAAUGUUCAUUUGUUUGAUCUUGGCGAUGCGUGUUUGAAGAAAAUCUUUUCCUACUUGGACGAACAGAGCGUUCGUACAUUGUAUGAAACAUGCACUCGUACAAAGCAUGCGAUGUGUGAACGAAUCGAGUCACAAGUAUUUACAGUAUCUGACCUCGGCAAUGUCAAGGACACAUUUGACCGGUUUGGUGAACACAUAACAAAAUUGGCAAUCGAUGUACACACAAACAACGACAAUGAAAUAGCUGCAACUUGGGCGUAUAUUGGUGACGUGAGUGAGAGAAUAACUGAAUUAUCUAUAGUCAAAAUCACAGUGAAUGUGAUUGAUACCGUGAAAUUGAACUUCCCAAAUUUAACUACGCUUAAAAUUAUGUCCAUAGUCUCAGGUCCGACAUAUAUAUUUCCGCAAAUGGAAUGCCCGAAAUUGUCGCAUCUUGAAUUUAACGAAGGUGAAAUCACUAUUCAAUCGAAACCAACACAUUUUGGCAUCACAUUAAGCCACUUGAGACGCAUCAGCCUGAAUCAUUUUAGCGAUUGCAUCGGCACUAUUCUCCAUUCAAUGCACGGUAAAAUCAGCAAUCAAAUUGAAGAAUUAACCAUUGAACGAGUCAGAGGAACACAGUAUGAACAGAAAAAACUAGUGAAUCUUGCCACACGCUUCCACAAUCUCACCACGUUCAACUUCAUUCCUUAUGAUAUUGAAUUAACAAAUACAAAAUAUUUAUUUCAAACAUGCACAAAAUUAGUUAACUUAUCGAUGGGAAUUGAAAGCUACUUUGAUCUACCGUCAUGGCGCAAAACACUUCAAAGCAUCAAAGAGAAUUGUAAACAAUUGGCAACGAUUCGAUUGGUUAAGCAUUAUAAUUACUUUGACCCAGCAUUUUUGCAUUUGGUCAACAAUUUACUGCCGAAGGCAACAUUAAUUACCGUUGUAUUCGAACCCGAUUUUAACUAUUACAAAGUGGAAACAUAUAGGGAAUUAACAAAAUCAGACCGUAAUAAGCCGUACUGAGUCCAAAGACUUCAAGACAUUGUAAACAAUAUGACAUUUAUGAAUUAGUUUUAAUUUUUGAUUUUGUUACAAUAAAACGAGAAAAAAACAACAAAAAAAUC